UUCAGUUCUCUACAAUGAGCCAUUUCAUAUCACCAUUUCACACUUCACAAAAUGACUUUUGUUGACAUUCCAUUGAUUGGAUUACUCUGAAAUUUUGAAAUCCCUAUUAAGAGCUAAAUUUCUGGUACACUUGACUGCAGUUUUGUUUUGUAGGCCUACUAAGUCUGUACAAUGCUGCUGCAUUCAUUGCAGGGGCCAAUCACCCCACAAGCUACUCUAACACAGUUCGGCUCUUAUUCCCCAAGAGACUGUAAUAAAACACUGCUGAAACUGGAGGCACUUUUCAUCCUGGCUGAAUAGCCAGUCACGACUCCAACCUACAUCCCAGUACCACUGCUACUGCUGCUGCUGUACACGUUUACUUCCACAAGUAAGUGAUCAAAUCUAUACAGUCCACCAAUGCGCACUCCUGGGAUUUUGAUUUUUGGGCUUGUCUUGGCACCUUGCGGUUGGAUCUUGGACUUGACGAGCACAGUCGCACCCAGCUGGCGUACUAUCCAAUAUAUCACAAAACAACCACAAGAUCUGGUGCUGCAACAAGGACUGUGGGACAUAUGCAAGACCUUCACAACAUCCAGGAAUGUGUACUGCAACCAACAGGACACUGAAUACUUUGCCAACCGAGUGGUCACGACUGGCCAAAAGUUGAUGGUGACGUCUCUGGUGGUGAACCUGAUUGGUCUGGUUGUGGUAGCAGCUGGAGUAAAGUGUUGGAGAAACAGACCACCAGACUGGACUGUGACUGGGGUCGGUGGUUUUCUUAUUUUCUUCUCUGGGAUCCUUACCCUCAUCCCUAUUGCGUGGUUUACCCACAUGCUUCAGGAUAUCAAUGCUCCAUCUACAGAUAUCCGUGUUGGUUACUGCAUUGUGCUGGGCUACAUGGGGGGCCUUAUGGAAGUUCUUGGCGGGGGUGCUAUGUUUGCAGGAAUACGUAGAUGUUUUGAUGGGCUGAACCGUGGAGAGAAGCGCAGCAGGAAUACGUUUGGGGCAGUGAUAGCACAGAGGGACAUAGGGAACCAGAACAGCAUGAGCCAGGAACCAUAUCGUGGAGUUUUCUCCCAAGACAAUGUAAACUCCCCACAGAGAAGUCAAGGAAAUGGACUGGUCAACACAUCAUACACUUAUGAGGCUGAUUUGUGAUUGAAGAGUGAGUCUUGUUUGAAUGCUGUUUUGUUUAUAUUGCGUAAUGUAGAUCAGGGGUGUCUAACUCAACUAGUAAAAGGGCCAUAUUAAAAAAUCUCAUCAAAUCUGCAGGCCAGGAAAAAAAAAUUCAUUAUUUCAUUUUUAAUUAAUGUUGUACUAUAACCUGAACUAUAUUAUAACCUGAUCUGGCCAUUGUUUAUUUAAAAUAUGCAAAAACUUCAACAGUAAAAUUCAGACACUUGUAGUAGGCCUUAAAAUAUUAUAUGGACACUCGAAAUAUUUAAAAUUUAAAUGUCCCCAGGAUAUUUUGUCUGUUAAAUCUACCUAUUUGCUUGAACUAGACACCUGGCAUCCUUUCGCUGUUGUGAAUUCAUUCACACUUGGGCUCAAUUUCUGGGCUGCUUAGCUAAUGUUAGGUGUUUAUAUUGGUUGCAGCUGAAAUGCAUUUUGGUGAAAUGACUGGUCUGGAUUUGUUGGACAUGUUGUACAAUGAUCUUGCAAUCUUAUAGUUUCUUAUAGUAUUACUACAGAUCUUUUUAUUAGACAAUAUUUGAGUAGCCAGCACACUGAUCCCUAAAUGUAGACUGUCAAAC